CUUCUUCCUUGCUUCUUGCAGUGUCCACUGACCACACACACACACACACACACAAACCACUAUCGCCACUGCCAGACAAGCCGCAUCUUCGUCACGCAUCCACGCACACACAGCCAGCCAAGCAAAGCAAGCAAGCACGCGACCACAGAGAUGGCCGACACCGCGUCCACGCCGGGCUCCCCCCAGUUCCGCCGCCGCGUCAAGGAGCGCGAGCAGCUCGAUGAGCUCAACAACGAGCUCGCUGCGUACCUCGUGCGUGUGCGCGAGCUGCAGAAGGAGAAUGGCGAGCUGACCUCGCAGCUCGAGGCGAUUCGCUUCUCUCGCAAGCGCUUUGAGUCGACGGCCACCAUCAAGCUGGAGGGCCAGGUCAACGACCUCCUGGAGGAAAUCCGCCGCAAAACCACCGAGAUUGGCACCCUGAACCACCAGGUGCAGGAUCUCCGCAAGCAGCUGAACAAGACGGAGGGCGAUGCUCUGGAGGCAACCCGCGAGAAGGACGACCUCGCAAAGCAGCUCAACGAAGCGCUGUCGAAGGUGCAGGAGCUUGAAGGCCAGGUCUCUGGUCUGCAGCGGGAUGUGUCGCAGCGGGACACGACCGUGACCAACCUCCAGCGCCGCGUGGCCUCCCUCGAGGCAGACCUCGGCCGCCAAGUCGACGACACGAAGCGGGAGCGGCUUGCGCGGCUGGAGGCGGAGUCGCGUGCCCAGGGCCUUGAGGACAAGCUGUCGAGCCAGGACGACAUGUACCAGCAGCAGGUGACGGCGCUUGAGGAGCAGAUUAAGAUUGGCGGCACGUCUGGCGGGCUGAGCGAGGAGGACCUCGAGGCAGCCCUCACCGAGGCAAAGGAGCACUACAAGCAGGCCGUCAACAACUUCCGCACACAGAUGCGCUCAUACUUUGCACAGCAGCCGAUUAUUGAGCCCGACACGCGCGGGCUCGAGGAGCGAGCGCGUCUGCAGACGGAGGUGAUUGAGUGGCGCUCAAAGUACGAGGACGUCAAGGCCCAGGGCGCAACCGCACAGACCGAGAUUGAGGGUCUGAAGAGCAAGCUCGCUGGCCUGGAGGACGUGUUUGCCCAGAUUAAGAAGUCCCACACCGACGAAAUCCGCCACAAGGAGGACUUUAUCUUCAAGCUGACAAAGACGAUGCAGGACAAGGACGACCUCUACCGCGACCUCCUCGACGAGCGCAUUGCGCUUGACGCCGAGAUUGACCGCUAUCGCCGGCAGCUUGAGAGUGCGCUGCGCAUGUUUGAGGCGCGCAGCCCCGGCACGGGCGCCCCGCAGAUGGUCGCCUCUGUGCGCAAGACCACACGCGAGCUCGUUGCCCUGUCUGGCCGCCGCGCCGUCUCCACCAAGCGCCGCACCGCUGCACAGGCCGAUGGCGGUGAUGGCGGUGCUGAUGGUGAGCUGGGCGACGGCAGCCCAAAGGCCAAGAUGAGCCGCCUGGCAGAGGAGGCACACAGCUUCACCGUCGAGACCAACACGCAGGGUGCGCUGUCCGUUGAGGAUGUGGACUACCGCGAGGGCCAGUACAUUCUCCUGAAGAACACCACCGCCAGCCCCCUCGACCUCGCAGACUGGGCCGUCACCGUCACAAACCGCGACACACAGCUCGGCACCUUUGAGUUCCCGGCUGUGACGCUUGCUCCCGGCCGCUCGACCCGCGUGAUCCGCGGUGCGGGCGACGGCGCGGAGAAGCUUGAGGGCGACGUGGUGUGGACUGAGUUCCCGGACCUCGCUGCCCAGCCCGAGCUCGCCGUGUACGCCUUUGACCCAGACGACAACGAGUCCAGCACCUGGGCCAUCAUGCGCGACUGAGUUGCGCGCACACACGCGCGCACACACGCGCACACAUGUAUUUGUGCUUGUCCCAUGUGCAUGUGUAUGUGGCAUGAUGGGCGAGUUGGGUCUGAGGCCUGCUCGCUGGUGGGUUUGUUGCUUGUUUCGUCCGUUCAUGCAUUCAUUCAUUCACUGCGUGUUUCAUACAGUUGGUUGUUGCCAUUUGAUUGACUUUGUUGAUCCCGUGUUGAUGUUGCACUUGCAUGGUUGUGAUUCGUGCUCUUGGCCGUGUGUGGCUGUGUUCUGGCGGGAUGCGUUUAAUAGUGGUGGGUGGCAGUCGUUUGUUUUUGUGUUUGUUUGUUUGUGCUCCGCACGUGCGCGGCACCAGAAAGUACACACAAAAUGAUGGAAGA